ACUUGAACAGGAUGUUGAUGCUACUGCUGGAGAGGAGCACAGCCCAGUCUUUCCCAGCCGAGCUGCUGGCUUCCGCGGAAAAGUGAGGACUCCCUGCUGCAGUGAGUUGCUUUCCUGUUGCAUCUUUGCUAUCGUUUCCUAGAUUUUGCUCCAUGAUUUAAUUUGAAAUUCUGAAAUGAAGAUGGAGGAGGCAGUGGGAAAAGUUGAAGAACUCAUUGAGUCCGAAGUUCCACCAAAAACAUCUGAACAAGAGACAGCCAAGGAGGAAGAUGGAUCUGUAGAACUGGAACCUCAAGUUCAAAAAGAUGGUGCAGCAGAUUCUACAGUUCUUUCUUCAAUGCCCUGCCUAUUGAUGGAACUGAGAAGGGACUCUUCUGAGUCUCAGUUAGCGUCCACAGAGAGUGACAAGCCAACAACUGGCCGAGUUUAUGAGAGUGACUCCUCUAAUCAUUGCAUGCUUUCCCCUUCCUCUAGUGGUCACCUGGCUGAUUCAGAUACACUGUCUUCUGCAGAAGAGAAUGAACCGUCCCAGCCAGAAAUAGCAGUAGAAGGUGACCCUUCAGGAGUGUCUGGCGCCACAGUUGGGCGCAAGUCUAGGCGGUCCCGUUCUGAAAGUGAAACAUCUACCAUGGCUGCCAAGAAAAACCGGCAAUCCAGUGAUAAACAGAAUGGCCGAGUUGCCAAGGUUAAAGGUCAUCGGAGCCAAAAGCACAAGGAGAGGAUCAGACUACUGAGGCAGAAACGGGAGGCUGCUGCAAGGAAGAAGUACAACCUGCUGCAGGACAGCAGUACCAGUGACAGUGACCUGACUUGUGACUCAAGCACGAGCUCAUCAGAUGAUGACGAAGAGGUUUCAGGGAGCAGCAAGACAAUCACUGCAGAAAUACCAGAUGGACCUCCAGUUGUAGCUCAUUAUGAUAUAUCUGACACCAGCUCUGACCCAGAAGUGGUAAAUGUGGACAAUUUAUUGGCGGCUGCAGUAGUUCAAGAGCACACUAAUUCUGUAGGCGGCCAGGACACAGGAGCUACCUGGAGGACCAGCCGGCUUCUAGAGGAGCUGAAUGCAGAGGCAGGUCAUUUGGAUCCAGGAUUCCUAACAAGUGACAAAACAUCUGCUGGCAAUGCACCACUUAAUGAAGAAAUUAAUAUUGCCUCUUCAGAUAGUGAAGUAGAGAUUGUGGGUGUGCAGGAACAUGCAAGGUGUGUUCAUCCUCGAGGGGGUGUGAUUCAGAGUGUUUCUUCAUGGAAGCAUGGCUCCGGCACACAGUAUGUUAGCACCCGGCAAACUCAGUCAUGGACUACUGUGACUCCCCAGCAGACUUGGUCUUCACCAGCAGAAGUUGUUGACCUCACCUUGGAUGAGGAUAGCAGACGUAAAUACCUACUGUAAUACAAUGUCACUGUGUUUCCUCUGCACUGUUCCCUUCCACUUCCUCCUCCUCUUUGUGACACAGAAGUUCAUUGUCAUAGCUUCAGCCUCAGAAGCUCUUUGUGGCAUUUGUAGAAUUAAAACUCAUGGAACCCCCCCCCCCCCUUUUUUUUUAAUUAAAAAAGUCACUUAGGAAAAUAACAUCACAGAAAAAACAAUUUCUUCCUUCAGUAGGAAUAUGAGAAUGAUGAAUUUUACUUAGUGACUUUUAAUCUUAGAAAAGUCACCUUUCUUUUAGAAUAAUAUUUUAAUUACCAAGUAAAGUGGAUUUCAGUUUUUGAAUCUUGUAUUUAUUUUUCUGUAUAAUGAAAUUAAUGUCUAGACUUGACCACUAUUCGCCCACCUCAUUGUCACUCCCACCUUGGGGCAUUCGCACACAUAUCAGUCAGGUCCUUAGUGGCACCUGGUAGGGCAUGUGCAUUUAAAAACCUUUCUUUAAAAAUAGAAGACAAAAAUAUUACAAGUAUUUUUUUCUUUUAGCUGGAAUCUUCUGCCUUUUUGAUUUGCUCCUGGUUGACUUCCUAUACCACAAAUAAUUGACAUGCCCUUUAUGUUUAUAAAUACUACUAAGUGACUUACUUGGUUUCCUUGUUGCAAUAAUUUUUAACUCUUUGGAAAAUUUUCUUUGGAACAGACACAUUUUGAAUAGAUGCCUACCAUGAAGUUUUCUGAGCAUCUGAAGUGAGUUCUAAAAGAUAAGUGGAAAAAUUUCUUUUCCUCAGCUUUUUCCCCAGGAGAACAGAAAAAAACCUUCUUACUUAGGAAACAUAUGAAAAGUGACUUUUAAGUAUAAAGGCACUUGGAAAUUGGAGAAGAAAGUGCCUUCUUCAUAGCUGGUCUCUCUGGAGAGGGUGUAUAACAGCUAUUUAACACCUCAGCUGAACUGGACCUGAGCUAUAUUUGGGUAUUUUUCUCCUCUAUAUUCUCAAAAAUAAAAAUAUUCCAGAAGAUGUCAGGUGCAAAGUACAUUAAUGACACUGUAAAUCUUACAGUAUCUAAAAGAAUAGCAAAGGGUAGUAGAAACUUCAGGGAGUUCAGGAAAUGCCAGCAUUGGGGUUUGUGGCAUUAGUUACUACCUUUUUUCCUAUAACGUAUAGUUACUAGUGAAUUAUUUUAAAAGCAAUAUCUAGAGGUAGAACACUAUGUAUUGUACAUAGGGAGGAGUGAAAUAAUACUGGCUCAGAAGACUUCACCUUUUGUGGGUUUUGUUUUGUUUGCUCUUUUCUGUUUUGUGUUUUUUGUUUCUACUGUUACUGGAUGAUAUUGCUAUGACCCUUUAUUUCCCUCCCCAAAUGCCUUGGUGACUCUUUCUGGUCCUAAAAGCAUGAGAACUCCCAUUUUCAGUUUCCAUUCAGUAAACACACAUUUACCCAGUGCUUGCUCUGCAUCAAGCACUCUGUAGGGUGGGUACUAUGGAGGCCUCCAAGCUGAAUGAGACACAGCCUGCAUGCGCAUGCAUCAGUCAGCCUGGCUCCACCUGCCUGGCCUUUUCUUCUUUUUGUGUAUGUGUGUAAAGACAACUUUAUUCCUUUACCCUACUUCUUGUUGCUUUAGUUCUUCGGUAUGCCUCUUCUUUCACAGGGAUGUAUUUGAGCAUGUGUUCUUCGAUCUUGUCUGAUAGCAUCUCACUUGAUCUGGCCUUCUCUGAUAGCAUCUCAUUUGAGUCACAGACUUUUUAUUUUUUCCUCCAAUCCAUUUUUAAUUGAUCAGGUUAAUAAGAUCAGCAACCUUCAGUUUUAGAACCUUGUAUAUCACAUUCUCUCACAUGGCCACAAUCCUAGACAAAAACCAAAGACCCAGAGGCCGGAGCGAAACAGGACCUCCUGAAGAUUCACUACUGGUGUAUCCUUGGACCUUCACAUUUUACUUUAGGAUUAAUUUAUUGAAUUUUACUGUUACACAUUUUUUUUUAACUUGAAGUAAAGUACUAGACAAAACAGAAAUGUAUAAUUUCUGGUCUGUGUUUUCCAGGAAAAUCAUUGGGAAGAGAGUAGCAUGGAGUAUAUGACUUGAAGUUUUUACAACUUACCCCUCCCACCCCCUCACGCCCCCCCCCCCAGCAUCAGGGCACAGUCUUACUUUAAGGAAUGUGUUUUUUUUUUUUUUAUUACUUAUUUUAAUGUUAAUUGUGUGUUUCGUCUAACUCCAUACAGCAGGUGAUUUCCUAUGACAUGCUUUCUUUAAUCCCUAACAGUCAUCAGCUAAAGAGAGAAUUUUUUUGAAUUGCUGUGUACACUGUGGAUGGGGACAGAGUGGAGUUGCAACCGAACUCUUUUCUGGCCUCUUGCCUUUAUAUUAGGUUGCACUUACCCCUCACUUGUUCCUUUUCUAACUCCCUGACCACCUCAUUUGAUGCACCAGAACAGAAAUUUAGGCAUUAAGAUGCAAAAAAGGAAAGGGAGACACUCUGCUGUCUUUCCUACCUACUAGGUUGGGACUUUUAACCUAAAAACUAGUUAGAAUGUCUUUUGGCUCUUCUUUCAUUGCUACAUGUAGAAGAGUGGAGAUGGGGUUUCAGGCAAGGUUUUCUAUGAUCCCAUGCCAUUCGAAAUUUCUUUUAAAGGGAUUGUUUUCUUAACCACAUUUUCCCUUUUGGUAGCAUAAAUAGUUCCUCAUGCCUCAUAAGACAUUGUUCAGAGUAACAUCUCUGUUAAAGUGGAACAAACAGUUGGGUCACUGAUUGCUUUAUGCCACAACUUGUUUCCCUUGCAGUUUGAAAAAACAGAGCAACAACCUUGUUGGAUCAUCGUGACUGCCCUGUAACUUAUAAUUGUGGCUCAGCAGUAAUUUUUCAUUUUGAUGGUAGGGGCCAGACUGGGUGGACUCCAUUAUUUACAAUCAGGUAUCCUAUAAACUCUGCUUUUGUUGUCAAUUGUGAACAUGAGUUGAUUUGCUACUUUAGUCAUUUGUUCAUAUUUACUUUAACAAAUUAACACCAAGGUAACUUAAAAUAAACUUGUUGCCUGCUUUUUCUAAUAUGUCACAAGGUUUUUGAGAAAGCCUGAGACAUAAUUUUGUCUUUUAGUUUUAACCAUUUUUUAAGGCAAAGAGCUGAGCCCCUAAUCCUUGUUCUCCAAUAUGUGUAUGAUGUGACUUCCAUGUAUAUAUAAAAAUGAUUGCACCCUAACCAAACUUCCUCAGAUUGUGCACUGUUUGUUUAAAAUAAUCACGUAUUUUAGUCCAAUGCUGUUGUAUUUUUUCAUUUUAUUUAAAACACUACUUCGUAUUCUUUUAACAAAUUUUAAAGGGUAGUGAUCUUUAAAAAAAAAUCACUGGAUAACUAGGAAUUUUUUGUUGUUGUUUUGUGUUUUAAAAGAGUAGAAAGGUCAUUGAGCCUUUUACUUCUCUUACCAUGAACAUGGAAUGUCAGCCAUUGUGUGGCUAGGAACCGAUGCACUUGGCGGGUAACAGAUCUGCUGUUGCUGGGGUGUAAGCGUGGACUUGAUGCAGUGACGACAAAUCAUUGCGUAGAAGUGAUGUUUCCAGAUGUGCAACUCUAGUUUUUAAAAUGAAAUUUGGUUCUUUACAUUCAUUACUUAGUUUUUGUUUCCAUUUAGUAUUUAAUGGUCUUUGGAGAAAAAAAUAAUAAAACAGAGUGUUAUAUAUAUAUUUUUUGGUGCAAGAUAAGAUUUUCUGUUUUUUGAAAUAAGUCUGUAGCAUAAAGGUUAAACUAUUUUAAGACAAAAUAAAAUAGAGUGUAUUUAAACAAUGA